CCAUUCAUUCAUACAUAUAUUAGCGCAUAUAUACACACACUCAUUUAUGUAUAUAUAAAUAUAUUUAUAUAUGUAAAUGAAGAUCGGUGAUCGUCAUGGAGCUAGGAGUUAUCCAGAUGACUCCACUUAAUAUUCUUCUACAAGACACUGUAAUAAUUCGCCAUAGAACGACGAGGUCCUAAUGAAAGAAGCACCGAGGAAUUCUUGAGGAAUAUAAAUAUGAUGUCAGUAAUUAAAUUUCAAGAUAAAACAAAUGAAAAGAGUCCUUUGAAGAUGUCUUUGGCAUCUCAUCGGUGGAAAGACAAAAUAAAUCGGCUCUUGUAGAUAACGAAGAAACUCAUCCAGAUGAUGGAUCUACAUGGCAUUUGCCUCUAUACGGGGCAGCUGAGCCUCGAAAAUGACUUUAUAACGGUGGAGGCAGAGAAAACCACCCUGGCAGCCGACGUCAUCAAGAUGGCUGUUAAAAAGUUAAAACUGGGCAACCCAGAAAAUUUUGAAGUUGCCGAGGUCUUUUGUUCUGGUGGUCAGUUGUGCAAAGAAAGAUGUGUGGAUGCUACUGAGAACCCGGUUCGCAUCCAGCUACUAUGGCCCAAAGUGCUCAACGAGGACAGUUAUUCGAGUCAGGGCACAACUGGCUACCGAUUUUAUAUUAGGAAAAAAGAUGUUGAUUUUUCUAGUCGAAGUCUUUCUUGGUUAGAUAACAGACAUGCUAGCCCUGUCGAUACUUUUCUUACAACAUUCCUGAAGCAACCGACGAGCAACAAGGAGUACCCGGAUUUGUGUAGUUUGCCAGAUUUGAAUGAGAAGACAUUAUUAGAUAACAUCAGGGCCAGGUUUUAUAAUGGAAACAUCUACACCUAUGUGGGAUCAAUUUUGAUAGCAGUGAAUCCAUUUAAGUUUUUUCCAAUUUACAACCCCAAAUAUGUUAAAAUGUAUCAGUAUAAGUGGCUGGGAGAUUUGCCACCUCACAUAUUUGCUAUAGCGGAUGCUGCUUUUUCCACAAUGUUACGGACUAGGAAAAACCAGUGUAUUGUGAUAUCUGGAGAGUCGGGCUCAGGGAAAACGGAAAGUACCAACUUACUUCUUCAUCAUUUAACUGCAUUAAGUCAAAAAGGAAAUCAUGCUACUGGGGUAGAACAAACCAUUCUUGGAGCAGGACCUGUGCUUGAGGCAUUUGGAAAUGCAAAAACGGUACAUAAUAAUAAUUCUAGUCGGUUUGGGAAAUUUAUCCAAGUUAAUUACAAAGAAUAUGGAAUGGUUCAUGGUGCUAUUGUGGAGAAAUACUUAUUGGAAAAAUCUAGAAUUGUUUCUCAAGCAAAAAAUGAAAGGAAUUACCAUGUCUUUUAUUAUCUUCUGAAAGGAGCCUCUGCAGAAGAACGAAGUUUUCUUCAUUUACACGAUGCCACGGAGUAUCAUUACCUUUCUCAGAGUAACUGUUAUACUGUUGAUGGUGUCGAUGAAGAGCAUGAAUUUGCCCGUUUAAAGCAGUCUAUGGAAAUGGUUGGUUUUUCUACUGAAAGACAGCACAGGAUUUUCUCUGUGUUGUCUGCUGUGUUACAUCUUGGUAACGUGGAGUUCAAAAAGAAAGGAGAUCUCCACCAUGAUGAAUCUGUAGUGAUUAGGAACGAAGCUGUUAUCACUGUGAUAUCUAAUUUACUGAAGGUGAAGGAAACGACACUUAUUGAUGCCUUAACCCAGAAAAGAACCGUUGCUGGAGGAGAGACAGUUUUUAUGAACUACAAAAUGGAAGAUGCAAUCGCUACCAGAGACGCACUUGCUAAAUGUUUAUAUGGUGUGCUCUUUGACUGGAUCGUACUGAAGGUCAACCAUGCUCUCCUUGCCAAACGCCACAACAGCGAACAUCAGGUAGACUUCUCCCCUGCCCCGUCUUGCACCCGGUAUGAUCAGAACCCCCCCUACACACAGGGAAAUUCUAUUGGAGUUCUGGAUAUAUUUGGUUUUGAAGACUUUCAUAAAAAUAGCUUUGAGCAGUUUUGUAUUAAUUAUGCAAACGAACACCUCCAGUAUUAUUUCAACCAACACAUCUUCAAGUUGGAACAGGAAGAGUACCAACGAGAAGGAAUUCAGUGGAAAAAUAUUGAAUUUAUUGACAAUACUGGUUGUCUGGAACUUUUUUCUAAAAAACCUAAUGGUCUUUUCUGCUUGCUAGAUGAAGAGUGCAAUUUUCCUGGUGCUAGUAAUGACACCCUAUUGUCCAAGUUCAACCGUCAUCAUAAGGGCAAACCUUAUUAUGAGGUGCCCCAACUUCGGGAAGGUGCCUUCGUGGUUGUCCAUUAUGCUGGCAAAGUCAAGUACAGCACAGUGGAUUUCCGAGAGAAGAAUUCUGACCUCAUACGUACUGAUAUUGUCGGAGUUCUCAAGAACAGUAGUUCGGUUUUUGUCAAAGAACUACUUGGAGUUGAUCCAGUCGCUAUUUUGCGGUGGGGAUUGCUGAGAGCAUUCUUCAGAUGUGUUGCUGCCUUUAUUUCUGCUGGUAAAGAAUACCAACGGGAUGGAAAAUCCAGGAAACCUCCAAAGAAGACGAAUGAAACAUCUCACCGAGAAAGUUGCAAAUUAUCUAGUGAUAAUUUAUUAAGGUCAGAUUUGCAAAGGACAUGCUGUAGUAAUUUGGGUAAUAAAUUAUUCAACAGUUUAGAGAGUAUACGGCAUGCUGGGAAUGGUGACCUGCUACCAGUCAAUGGUGUAUCCUCUCCUCCUUCCAGAGAGAGAACAGCACUGCCACUGCAUGAGAACCAAACGACCAGUAUUGCAUGUCCUUUCUCUACAAAACACAAGCAAGUCACGACUGCUACUACAGCUGCUGCUAUUAACACUACUACUCAUACUACUACUAAUUCUUCCAACGCAACUCCUCCUCAUCCUCUUACCACUGCUACUGACCAUUUUGCUGUCUCGCAUCCAACAUCUUGUCCCAGUGGCAGCAGAGUGUGUGGUGUCAUUGGCAGCAGUACAGACAGCUGUCAUCAUAGCCAUACCCUGGGUCACAACAAGAUGACUGAUCAUGUAAUUACCAGUCCUGUAGAGAACUAUCUACCAGUAGCUGAUGCCCUCGUCAUUAUGAAGGCACAGCAGGUGAUUAAGAAAAACAAGUGUACGAAAUCCAAGUACAGACAAAGUGUUAGCUACAGAGAUGUCCGGACGUUGAAGACGAUUGCAACACGUACUAUGAUUGGAGGUGGAAGGUUUCCUUUCAAAAAGCAACCCCCAAGUGUCAGUGCUCAAUUUCAGUGGUCCCUCUCCAGGCUGAUGGAAACUCUAAGUCAAGGCAACCCAUUCUUUGUACGUUGUAUCAAGUCUAAUUCUGAAAAGGCUCCUUGUCAGUUUGAUGAUGACCUAGUUCUACGUCAGCUCCACUACACAGGCAUGUUGGCUACCGUGAAGAUUAGACAAUCUGGAUACAACUACCGACUCACAUUUGAUGAAUUCAUUCAUCAGUAUAAAAUUAUUCUUCCAAAUGGUCUUCUGAGUUCAAAGGAAGAUGUAAAGAAAUUCUUGGAAUGCAUGGAUCUGAAUCAAGAGAAUUAUCAGAUUGGAAUUACUAAAGUAUUUCUGCGAGAGGUGGAGAAAGUGCGGCUUGAUGAGGCUUUACAUCGGGCAAUUAUGCAACGAGUGAUAACCAUACAACGAUGGAUGAAAGCCUUGUUGGAACGACAAAAUUUCAUCAAGCAACGAGCUGCUGCCUUGAAUAUUCAGUGUCAUGUAAGGCGAUUCUUGGCCCAGAGAAAGCUGGCUCACAAGAAGCUGGAACGAGAUGCUGCUAUAACUAUACAGUCUGCUGUUCGUAUGAUGAUAGCACGGAAGAAGUUUUUGAUUGUCCAACAAUCUGUUACUCUUGUGCAGCCUUUUAUCAGAGGAUGCCUGGCUCGGAAAAGGGUAACAAAGUUGUUGGAAGAAGCUCGUCAGAAGAAGAUCACAGAGCAGCAGGAUUGGCAGUCAUCGAUUAGUGAUGAAGGGAUCCUGACGAAAGGAUUCAGCGCUGAAGAACUGGAACUUGACACAGAACACCGACAUGUUCAAAGGCAUGAUUCUGAGGAGAGUAGUGGUAUUCUAGAAGAUUCCGAGACCGAAGCAGUCUCAAGCAGCACUAGAGGCAACACUGAUCCAGUAAUCUCUCCUGUUCAUACUCCAGCAUCUCCUGAAGAAGAAAAAAUCAAUAAUGUUCCUUUUAUUGCAAAGAAGCCUUUUAAUGCUGGCCCUCUUGAGAAACGGCCCUUAUCAAGUUCAUUUUUGGACCAGCGUUUUGACUACUCACGAUUAUUUUGUAAUGAUCAGAGAUCAAACGAUCAGGUGCAAGAAAUGGCUCAAGCGUUCCAACGGAAAUCUGAAUCUUCACUCCAUGACUGUGAUUGGUUAGACGGAAGGCAUAAAGUGACCAAGUCGCGUUCUGCUGAGAUACCACAGACUAACAACGGAAAAGCGAAGGGAUUGCUGAAGCAGAAGCUGGGCCCUUCGUCGUCAGGUGGUGUUGGCGUUGGCGGCAUCUCCAGAGAAGGAGCCGGCGGAGUACGUAGUGGAGGAGGAGGAGGAGGAGUAGGCGGUGGUGGAGGAGGAGGAGGAGAGGUCUUGAACAAGACGAAGAAUAAGCCGCAGGCACCACUAGCAAGACAGGAGUCCUUGUCAGAUUUGACAUCUUCUCCCAGUGGAUCGUACUCUUUGCCCUAUGACGCACCUUUGCUGUUGACCAUUUUGCUGCCAUUACAGCACCAUGGAUUAAAGCAUUCUCGAGAUUUAUCGUCAUCAGCACUAUUUCCGCUAAUAUCACCUGAGAAGCAAGGUAAUAAUGAACGUGCUUCCAUGUUUGUGUACGAGAAACAAUCAACUGAAGGCGGUGGAGAAAAGUCUGUCAUCAACAUAAGCCCAUUCCGUCGUGCCCGGAAACAUUUCAAGAAUAUAAUGGGAGAUCUCAAGGAAUCGAAGCCAUGCAAUGCUUCGUACCAUUUGAUGCGACAUACAAGGUCCACCAUUCAGGUUAUUAAGGAUAAAAGUAAUCGUAAAGGAGGUAGGAAGGAUAUCCCCUAUGAUGAUAGUGAUGAUUCGAUUCCAGAUGAUCUUCAAGCGAAAAUGCAACGACCUCUUGAAAUUGGUGCCCCGACAAACCUGGAAUAUUCACCUACUUUCGGGCAUGAUGAAAUUCUCCAAACCAGCAGCUAUGGCAUCCAAGUGCCCUGCGGUCCAGUUCUUAUGGAUGGACGCAGAGCAAGCUCCAAUCGGAAGAAACCCCAUCGACGUGGAAUGCGUAGCAAGUCUGACAUGAAGAUGCCGCCCACAAACUGGAGUGUGGCAGGCACCUCCCAGUGGCAAUAUCCUGAAGAACUCAUGGUCUCUGAUAUCCGGGAAUUGCAGUUGCUUGAUGAAUUUAUUUACAAAAAGCUAAUGAACCUCAGUCUGUACAACAGUCAACGAGAUACUAUCUGUGAUGUAGUUUUUAAAAAAUCUCUCAAAGAAUUUCAUCGAGACCUGACAGCUUGUUUGUCAAUUGCAAUGUUGAAAGACGUAGUGACCACUCAGUACAGGUACAGAGAUUUAAUGAACAAUUUUGAACAGGUGUUACAAGCACAGGUGAAAAAUGUAGGAACCAAUGCUGCUUUCCCAGUGACAAUGGGGGUCAAUGCUUUCCGUGGCUUCUUAGAUGAAUUCAUGAAGGAGAGUAAAGAAAUCCGGCGAAAAGAAAAGAAGGAAGAGAGAAAAACUGAAUCCAAAUCUACGAAAAAAGAGCGCCAGAAGAAAGAUAUGUUGGAGUAUUUGGGACACAAAUUCCUUACAGUUCAAUUCAACAUUCCAACUUUCUGUGAGCUAUGUUCAUCAAUUAUAUGGAUCAUGGAAAAGGGUUUUGUAUGUCAAGUUUGUAAAUAUACAUGUCACAAAAAAUGUUGUUUUAGAUCGACAACUUCUUGUAAAGGUAUUCCGACUCCCCGGGCCAAUGAUGGUUCAGUUGGAAACAACCAAGUGUUUGGCUUUCCUCUUGAGUCUUUGAUAACUGAUGGAGAAAAUGUGCCUUUGGUCGCUGAAAAGUUAAUCUCAGCUAUAGAACUACACGGUCUUUAUACAGUUGGCUUAUACCGAAAAUGUGGUGCCGCUGCCAAAGUGAAGCAGUUGAAGAAUGCAGUAGAUGAAGAAGGUAUUGAAAAUGUAGACUUAGAUGAAUAUCCAAUUCACGUACUCACCACGACGUUGAAGUGUUUCUUCCGCGAGCUUCCAGAACCCCUUUUAACAUACGAUCUUUAUGAUGAUUUCAUUCAAGCCUCAGAAAUCAAAGAGUCGGUAGAGGCCAUCCAAGCUUUGUAUGCAGUUACAGAACGUCUUCCCAAAUCUAACUACCAUUUAUUUGAACGUCUCAUAUUCCAUCUUGCCCGUGUGGCCCAACAUGAAGACAGUAACAAGAUGUCUGCCAAUGGAUUGGCAAUCAUUUUCGUUCCCUGUCUUCUGCGAACCAACAAGAAAAUGCAAGCACAAGAAUCUCUCCAGCAAGUGCCCAAACAAUCUCAAUGUAUAGAAAGCAUAAUUUCUGAACAGCUGCGGAAAUUAAAGGCCACGCUAGCCGAUAUCAGCACCUUGAACACUGCUCAAGCCACUGCCAACGACCGAUUAAUUUAUGUUAGAGCAAGUAUUAAGAGCCCCAAGCCUGGUGAAUCACCUGAAGAGGAGUUUGUAGAAGCAGUUGAAUCUCCAAGUCCUGACAAUCUCGGUCUCUUUGAUGCCAGAGCAGAAGAACUUGCUCUGUCUGCUCAUAUAGAAUGCAUUCAGAAGGAGAAAGAAGAUCUUACAUGCAACCUGCCACGACUGGAGUGUCAACAGUUGAGCUCUGACGAUGAGUCUAAUAGUGUGGAGGGCUUACUGUCAAAUGCACCUGACUGCACUGAUGCAGAUGAAACCAACGAAGAAUAUGCUGUUACCUUUGAUCUUCCAGUUAACCCACCUAGUCGUUUAAAACACCUGAACAAACGACGAGUCGCAGUUCCCCACAGACAUUUACCAUCUAAAUAUCGAACUCGUAAACCGAGCGACACCCGCUCGCACCACCACCGCCCCCAGCCUAACUUCCCAAUCCAAAUCAUCGCCAACUCCGGCGGCUACAGAAGAAUGCGUAAUGCUGGUCUUGUCCUCUCCCUGGAACGUUUGGACGACGUCCAAGAAGAUGAAAUCAUGGUCUGAAAAAAACCUGUCCCCCCUUGCCCGCACACUCACCUGGCCUCUCCCCCCUUGCUGACUUGCGUCACCGUGGCAGCAAGUUGUUUUGGAUUGACAAACGUAUAAGGAGUACGACGACAACAAGAACAACAUCAAUAAUGACAAUGAUGAUGAUGAUGAUGAUGAUAAUAAUAAUAAUAAUAAUGUGCCUCUAUGGAACUUGUUCGAUACAUACAUAGACACACUCAUGCGUGCGCACACAGUCAUACAUACACAGACACA